GGGCUCAGAUAAUUCAAGGUAACCACAUAAUGUCUUUAUUCUACGUUUAAUUUUUGGACGUGGAAAACUCGAACGCAGAACAAGAAUGAGGUUAAUUCUAACUACGUUGUUGUUAGUAUUGGCUUUUGUAGAUGGAGUGCCAGUGAAGAAGAGAAGAUUCGAUGGCAAUCAAGUUUUCCGUAUGUUUCCGAAAAGUCACGAAGAAGUAAAGAAAAUAUUGCAUCUCGCAAAAAAAUAUGACGCAGAUAUUUGGAAGCUUCCGAGAUCUGCUAAUAGCAACAUGGACGUACAUGUGGAUGCAAAACAUUUAGACCAAUACUCAUCCGAUUUGGAGUCAAUAGGAACUGAUUACACAAAAUGGAUCGAUGAUGUUCAAAAGCUAAUCGAUAGAGAGAAUAAACCCGUUUCUCACCGAAGACAAUUAGAAGGUUUCGACUUGGCUCAGUAUCAUUCUAUUUCUGAGAUUUCACAAUAUUUGAAAGAGGUAGCUGCAGCUUCGACUCGUGCACAACUAAAUGGAUUUUCCACAAUUUCACAAUAUUUGAAAGAGGUAGCUGCAGCUUCGACUCGUGCACAACUACACACAGCUGGUAAAUCUUAUGAAAAUAAAACGAUUGAUUAUCUCAAGAUUAGUACAGGCGUUUCAAAGAAAGCGAUCUUUAUUAAUGGUGGAUUACAUGCACGAGAGUGGAUAUCUCCUGCAGUUGUUCUAUACUUAAUUAAUCAGUUAGCUUUGAAUCCAAGCAACAAUCCUGCUAUAGACAGUAUUUUAGAGAAGUUUGACUGGUAUCUUCUACCUGUAGUAAACCCAGACGGCUACGAAUAUUCAAGGACAACCGAAAGGUAUUGGAGAAAGAACAGACAAACAUCAUCCUCUGGUUCCUGCAUUGGCGUAGAUUUAAACAGAAACUUUGGAUUUAAGUGGAACCCAGCGAUUGGUGGAAGUACUGAUACUUGUUCGGAGAUUUAUGCAGGUACCAAAGCAUUAACUGCACCAGAAACAGCAGCUGUAGGAAAACUGAUGCGUGAUAUUCAUUGCCACACAAUAGCAUACCUCGACAUUCAUGCUUAUGGACAAAUGUGGUUGUGGCCAUGGGGAUAUACCGCUGAUGAUUUGCCAUCUGAUCUCGAAGACUUGAAACACUAUGCUAAAGUAGGAGCAAAUGCAAUCAGCAACUAUUAUAAUACUCAAUUUAUGAUUGGUGGAGAUGCUACAGACUUAUACCCAGCUGCUGGAGGUGCAGAUGACUAUGCAAAAGGCGUGGCUGGUAUACAAUAUUCCUACACAGUUGAAUUGAGAGACGAAGGAAAUUACGGAUUUGAGCUUCCGGCAAAUCAAAUAGUGCCUACUGGAGAGGAGAUGUUAGAAGGCAUACUGGCAUUUGCUAAAGAAAUAUUUGUUCGUGAAGGGCUAUAA